GAACAGCAAACGUACCCACGACCCUCUUCCAAAUCCGCCAACAGUCUCUAAAUUGCUCCACGUGACGUAGGCCCGAUGUCUCGCGCCCCUAAUUGUGCCGGAUGGGCCUUCGUGUACGGCACGACGCUGCUCUUCUUCAGCGUCUACCGCGUCUUGACACUGCGCAGCCUCAUCACCAUGUACGGUACUGAAAAGGACGUGACGCUGGACGUGCAAGUGGGCGCUGUGGUGCUCGGCGCACUGCAAGACCUCGUGUGUGCCACAUACUUGUCUGCUGCUCUGUGGGGCGUCGACCACUGGCUCAAGCAGCAACCGACUGAAGCUGAAGACGAAGACGAAGGCGUCCAGAAACCACGAGACCUUCGACUGCGCAGAGCGCGGCAAAAAGCGAGCGUCGUGAGGUUCGCAGCGUCUUUCCUGCUAUUUGCACUCAUGUCGGUGCCCUUUGUGGCCGAUUUACUGCUCGUACGCAUCCGAGACAUGAGAUUCAACUUCGAUUUAGUGAAGAUGGCCAUCCACGAGUCGAAUAACGCCAGUGCCGCGGAGAUUUCGAGUGCUGAGAUCAGUCAAGCUUAUAUCAGUGCAGCUAUGGCCGUCGCUACUGCUACCGUCUUCGCUGUAGUCAGAGCUCGCAACAACUGGGCUGAUUUAACCAGGUGGAGUCCUACAAAGCAGGUUAUUCAGGUAGUUGCUAGGAGACUCAAGAGAGUUGAGAAACUGGAGGAGGAAGAAACGACGGGAUUUUUGGGUAAAAAUGUGCUUAGUGAGAAGCCCGACGAGGUCUCAGUGACUAUACUGGACGACAAGACCGAGGAAAAAGGCGUAAAGUGGUGUGGAGGACGUGUGAGAGCUAUUGUGGUCGUGGUGGCUCUGGUAUUGCUGCCUGCUGUGGUGCUGGCGUUGAGUCAGGCGUGCUCGGCGUUGGUGGCGUACGCGGCACUGAACGCGACGUUGAAUGAGCUCUUCAUGCACGCGCUAUUUGUCUCGUCACAGGGUUUUUUGCCUUUAGUAGCAAACGGUAGUAUAUUAGCUGAGACGUACAUCCAUACUGAUACCGAGGACUAUGAACUGUUUCAAGAGGACUCGCUGUAUCGACGCACUACCGGAUUCCAUGGAGAUCUCGCAUUCGACGUCAAAGUGGAGAACGAAAACCCGCCGAACGUGUUACUUGUAGUGGUGGAAUCGUUUCGCUUCCAUGAUUCCCACUACCUGGUUGGAGACGAAGACCCGUCAAACCUGUUCAGAGGCAGCAAUAUCACAGUCACGCCCAAUUUUGACAAGUGGGCCAAGCGUGGCGUAGCGUUCAGUAACAUGUGGUCCAGUUGGAGAACUAGCCGAUCUGUGGAGAGUUUACUGCUCGCGCAGGUUCCUUACGACAGCGUGGCGGAUUCCGGGAUGACGGGAGGCAAGAAAAAUUACCAACUGGAUGGAUUACCGCAGUUCUUUAAGGCUAAAGGUUACGAGCCCUUCUUCACGACUGGCUGUAAGACUGACUAUGACGACUGGGACACGUUUUUGCCUUCCCAUGGCUACGAUACUGUGUGGGGACGGGAUGAAAUGAUCAAGUUAGCGGAGAGUGAUCUAGGAAUCACACCCGAUCAGUGGUUUGGUAAGGAACAUCGCGAACUCUACUGGGGUGUACACGACGAUAUCAGCUACCAGAUUCUAGGCGAUCUCAUGGUCAACAAGACCAAGGAACAAAGUGAUCGUAUGGCUAAAGGAGAAGCGAAAAAGCCGCUUUUUCUAACGCAUUACACGAUUUCGAGUCACGUAUCGUACGAGGAACGCCCCACGUGGUACGCUGAAGCAGAGAAACCGGACUUUUCGCCGCUCUAUGACGGCGUAGAGUACGCAGGCAGCAUCAAGAAUUACGUGGAGAUGCGUUAUUUCUCGGACAUGGAGUUUGGCAAGUUUAUGGACCGGAUGUCUGCUGCAGGGAUCCUCAACGACACCAUCGUUGUUGUCGUGGGGGACCACGGACAAGCUCCAGAAGCUGGGAACUACAUCCCGGAGGCACGAGAUGUGUCUGUUCAUCAUGUUGCGGGCGCGUUGGUAGCUGAAGGGCGACUGGGAGACGCCGUGGGACUGAAGAUUGAGGACGCGACCGAGCAAUACGACAUCCUAAACACUCUCGCUGAUAUUGUAGGUGUUCCGGAAGAGGGAUUUUUGCAAGAUGGAGUGGGUCGCUCCCUUAAGCGUCAAGUAAAGUUUGGAGACAGAGUGGUGUACAGCAACAAUCCCAGUCGGAAGAUGUCAAUUAUUCGAGGAACGGAGCGUCUUCGUUACGACCGUGCAGCGAGAUCUGUGCUGUUACAUGACGCGAAGGCUGAUCAUGACAUGCACUUGGAUCUGUUUCCUGACCUCACACUGGAUCAGCAGAACGAGUGGCUAAAGUGGCGAGAUCAUGGCCGCCAACUUAGCGAAUAUUACGUCAAGCGGUGGGACAAGAGGUGCUUGUUUGAAGCAAAAUGCUAAGACAUUAAACUAUUGAUUUGCCAAGUGCAGCCCAGACGUAUAAUGCACCGGUACCAUUAACCUUUUCAGCACAGCAGACACUUGUCCUCCCAGCGUUUCUUAUAAUACGCAGUGACUGCCCGUCCCUUAUCGCGCCAGUAUCGCCAGUCGUUCUUCUUUUCGGUUGAGAGAGCAGGGAACAAGUCGGUUUUCAUGUCGUGAUCGGUCAAAGAAUUGUGGAGAAGUACAGAGUCCGUGCUUCGAUCAUAACGCAGACGUUCAUGACCGCGAACGACCGAGUUUUUGACUGCCGGGUUGUUGCUGUACACUACGCGUCCCCCAAAGGUGACAUUGCGUUUGAGAGACCGACCAAUACCGUCUUGCUCGAAUCCGUCUACUGGUACACCCGUGAUAUCUGCUAGAGUGUUGAGCAUGUCGUACUGCUCAGCAGCGUCUUCGAUCUUGAGUCCAACGUAGUCACCGAGUCUUCCUUCAGCGAUGAGAGCACCAGCGACGUGCGUACAGGAAACAUCACGUUUCUCUGGGGUGUCAUUACCGAAUUCCGGGGCUUGGCCAUGAUCUCCGACAAUCAAAAUGAUGGUGUUGUUGAGUACACCUACAGUCUCCAUGCGACCCAAGAAUUUCCCGAGUUCCAUGUCCGUAAAAUACCGCAUUUCUAGGGCGAGCUUCAUACUCUACGUGACUCGAAAUGGUGUAGUGCGUGAGGAAAAGCGGCCUGCUCUCUACGGUUCGUUCUUGUGUCUUGUUGAUGAGUAAAUUACCCAAAAUUUCAAAACUCACGUCGUCGUGCACUCCCCAGCGAAACUUUCGAUGAGCUCUUCCUUCCCAAUCCUCCGACGAAAUACCCAUAUCGCUCUCUCCAUACUUCAUCAUCUCGUCCUGAUCCCAUAGAGAAUCAAAGCCAUGAGCAGGAAUGAACACGUCCCAGUCAUCGUACGAAGUAUCCGUCCCAGUCGUGAAAAAGGUCUCGUACCCUUUUUUCUUGAAAAAUUGGGGCAUCCCAGCGAGUUCGACAUCCGCUCUACCUCCAAGCGUAUCGGUUGUUUGUGUGGAGUCGUACGGGAUCUGUGCGAAUAACACACUUGCUAGUGAUCGACUGGUCUUCCAACUGGACCAGAGAUUGGAGAAGGCCACGCCACGCUUUGCCCAUUUAUCAAAAUUUGGGACGACUGUACCAUUCCAGCCUUUGAAAAGCUUAGACGGAUCCUCCUCUCCGACCAAGUAGCGCGAGUCGUGGAACCGGAACGAUUCCACUACGAGAACGACGACGUUGGGUGGAUUAGUGUCGUCUACACUCACGUUGAAUGCCAGAUCUCCGUUGAAUCCGGUGGUUAAGCGGUAGAGUGAAUCAUUAGCACGGUGCGAGUAGUUUUCGGUUGGGUGGAUGUACACGGAGGCGUCCUCGAUUGUGCCGUCAGCGACUAAAGGCACAAACCCGAUUUCCGUCACUUUCAGCGCUCGUACGAACAAUUCGUUGAUUGUUGUAUCCAUUGCGACAUUGGCUAUGAGUGGGGAAGACGCUUGAGCGACCGCCAAAAUGGCUACGGGAAGGAAUACUAGCGCUACAAGAGCCACUAGAACCUCGACACUCAGUCGUAGCCAAUCUACGCUGUGAAACCACAGCACGAUGCGUUCACAUAGCGUAGAUCGCCCACUGACAUCGCUAUCUGAACGAUCAGAAGCUUCGUUGCUGAGACUGUAGCUGCGAUUUGGUGUGGUGGUGUGUACGUAUUGAACUAAUUUCCCAUUCUCCAGUAACAUUUCAUUCACGUCGUCGUAGCUGUCGCUAGAAGACGAGGAAUCGUGUUGUAGUUUCUCUUUGGGUGUCCAGAGUUCGUCGUCCUUUUUGAAUCGCAAAGAGAUUCUCCUCACGAGGUGUAGGACAGGAUAUGACGGGUUCCAGCGUGUAAGAUCAGCCCAUGACGUCCAUGUGCGGACUGAAGCGAAGAACGCAGCAAUCAAAGUGAGGAUUGUGCCGGUGAUGUACGCCUCGUUGUACUCGGAGUCAGAGAUGGCUACACUACUGACCAUGUCGCUCUCUGCGAUAGCCAUCGACACGAUCUCGAAGGUGAAGCGCAUACUGCGAAGACGGACCAGCAUGGUAUCUGCAACGAACGGAGCUGCAGUGGCCACGAACAGCAGCCACGAGGUCACGAACGUCACCACACGACGAAUAAUGCGUUGUCGCUUCCACUUGAUGAACGUCUGGAGCGUCAUACUGUCGGAAGAAGCGCCAAGUGUUUGGUUCAAGAUGAAGUCGAUGAACCACAGGACUGCGACGAGGUACGUGGCACAGAUCAAGUCUUCCAGCAUACCGAGACCCAAUGCACCAAGCUGCACUCCCACCGUGUGAUCCUGGUCAGUCCCGUACAUCGCGAUGAGCGCUGAUAGUCCGACACAGCGGUCGAUGAAGAAGAAGAACAGAACUGUGACGUAGACGAAAGCCCAGCCGAGCCACCGAUGCGACCAGAACGUGGAGUACUGCACAGUCUGCAGCAGUUGGCGAGGCUUGAACCAACGAGACUUAAGGUCGUCACUUGUGUCCAUGGCCGAGAACUUGUCUUCUCGCACCGAAGCUUCGAUGCUCAGUGCAGCAGACGACACCAUUGCAGGAGUCUGCGCUGGAGUCCCGAGAAGAAUCGUGGUUGAUAAGUGGCGGAAGAGCAGCAAAUUGAAGACUGGCGACUGCGUUCUCGGCCUCAAACGGACGCGCGGACAGCAAGAGAAGGUAGAUAAAUGGAAUUACGCUGUAUUGCAGCGGAUUUCGUGAGCAAUGGCAGCCAUGGAUCGUGUGAAUGUUCUUUUUACUGUGCUGUAGCCAUUCCAGGAUCGAGUCAGAACGGUAUCCGGAUGCAUGUCAGAUUAUCCGGCCCACUUCAACUGUACCAUUAUUACGGUACUCAUUGUGGACGCCAACGUUGACUCGACCAACGGCCUUUACAAAAACCAAUUCUCAGACACACGAGGCCAUGCCGAAAAGUGAC